AAGAAAAUGCUGAAAGGACAAGGGACGUUUGAUGGGGAAGAGAACGCUGUAUUAUAUCAGAACUAUAAGGAAAAAGCUCUGGACAUUGAUUCUGAUGAAGAGUCUGAGCCCCACGAGCAGAAAUCGGACGAAAAGGUGGUUUUUCACUAUAAGCCCCUGAGGUCAACGUGGAGUCAGCUGUCUGUUGUAAAGAAGAAUGGAUUAUCGGAGGUGAUCAGCCAGGAAGAAAGGAAAAGACAGGAGGCGAUAUUUGAAGUGAUAUCUUCUGAGCAUUCUUACUUGCUGAGCUUGGAGAUCCUCAUCCGGAUGUUCAAAAAUUCCAGGGAACUGAGCCUCACAAUGACCAAAACUGAGAGCCAUCACCUUUUCUCCAAUAUCACGGAUGUUUACGAAGCGAGCAAAAAGUUCUUUAACGAGCUUGAGGCCAGACAUCAGAACAACAUCUUCAUCGAUGACAUCAGUGACAUAGUUGAGAAGCACGCUGCUGCCACGUUUGAUCCCUACGUGAAGUACUGCACCAAUGAAGUCUACCAGCAGCGAACCCUGCAGAAACUACUAGCCAGAAAUCCAGCGUUUAAAGAGGUGUUAUCACGGAUCGAGGCCCAUGAAGACUGCCGGAAUUUGCCGAUGAUCUCUUUCCUCAUUCUUCCCAUGCAGAGAGUUACUCGCCUUCCCUUGCUGAUGGAUACUAUUUGUCAGAAAACUCCUAAGGAUUCAUCAAAAUAUGAGAACUGCAAGCAAGCUCUGAAAGAAGUGAGCAAGCUGGUGCGUUUGUGCAACGAAGGUGCUCGGAAAAUGGAAAGGACAGAAAUGAUGUACACCAUUAACUCCCAGCUGGAAUUCAGAAUCAAGCCGUUUCCGCUGGUUUCCUCUUCGCGGUGGCUGGUGAAAAGGGGCGAGUUGACAGCCUACGUAGAAGACACGGGGCUGUUCUCUAAAAGGACGUCCAGACAGCAGGUGUACUUCUUCCUCUUCAACGAUGUCCUCAUCAUCACCAAGAAGAAGAGCGAAGAGAGUUACAAUGUCACAGACUAUUCUUUACGGGACCAGCUGGUGGUACAGCAGUGUGACAGCGACGAGCCGACUUCUCCCGUGAAGAACACUUCAGCCAUGCUCUACUCGCGGCAGAGCUCUGCGGCACACCUCUUCAGACUCGCAGUCCUCAGUAACCACGCAGGAGAGAAGGUGGAGAUGCUCCUGGGAACAGAGACUCAGAGCGAGAGAGCGCGCUGGAUCACAGCCCUGGGACAGGAGCGGGACGGGCAGAAAACCGACAGGACAGCGCUGACGCAGGUGGAGAUCAUCAGAACGUACACAGCAAAGCAGUCGGAUGAACUGUCUCUCCAAGUCGCUGAUGUUGUUCUGGUCUCUCAGAAAGUCAAUGACGGCUGGUAUGAAGGGGAGCGGUUGCGGGAUGGCGAAAGAGGUUGGUUUCCCAUGGAGUGUGCUAAAGAAAUCACGUGUCGCGCCACGAUUGACAAGAACAUGGAACGGAUGGGACGCUUACUUGGACUCGAAACCAACGUGUAG